AGCUAUGCGAGAUCAUGGACAAGCAAAAGCUUGGCACUUUCGAUGCUGUGAACCUCAUCAGGCUGAAAGUCAUAGCUACAAAAGUGCGAGUCAAAAAGAACUCCUUGGUGGACGAGCUAAACGAUUUGAUCGAGAAUAUAUCGCAAAACAAGUUCCUGCAACAGCUGCUCGAGCCUUUUACGAACAUUAUGGGGAAAAUCCCGUGGUCGUCGUUAUUGGGAAGCUGGAAGCAGGGAGUCUGAGAAAUUGGCAGCUAAAGGAGUACGUAAAUGACAUCGACUGUAUACGAACUGCCAUUGAGCAUGGCAUAAAUGAAGUUGGAAUUGCGGGAAAAGAGAUAAAUGCUAUGGCUUUACCAGAUCUCAUUAGUGGUUCGCUUACGAGCGAGUCCAAGAUUCUGCUAGAGACUACGCCGAUACAAGACGAUCUAUGGGAGGAGACCUUCGAGAGUCAAAGCUCCAAACGCAACCUGUUGAAACAAAAACUCCUCCUGAAGUUAUACUUCCAAUUCGGAGAGAAGUCGAAAGAAGGAGUCAAAGAGGGACAGGAACUUCCUGUUAGGCAAUAUGCAUUUCGUGUAAAUACUAUGAAGCGUCCUAGCGAGCGCAAGCAAGAGCUUAAGAACAGUUCGCUUUGGGAGAUUGAAUCAACUUCGAUAGUCCUUGAAAAGCGGUUAAGGGCCGUAGUCGCUGCUGACGAAAGCAGUAGCUCUGUUGUGAAAAAGCCCCAGAUUGACAGAAGCAAUAUACAUCGCGAUAUGCAAAGAUGGAGGAAAUCUUCCAGCGUCGAUCGAAGGCGAAGCCAGAAACGUCAGGGCAAUGUUCACGUGCAGAAUCUACAUGUUCUGCUUCUUUAUAAACGAAGCUCUUCAGGUGCACUUUUGCGGAUUCGCGCUAUUGAUCGAAUUCUUGUAAAUAAUGCGUACUACACACAUUUACGUACAGAAGUUCGAGAAAAGCGGGGAGCGUCUGAACAUCAGAUUUCAGAAAAGCUGGAUAUAUGGCUUCGAGAAUGCAAUCUACGCUGUGUUGGACAAACACCAUCUGUCAAUGAUAGCUAUCUCAUUCUUGGUGAAGCAGGUGCCUUAUCGGUAGAUAAUUCAGGAAGGCAGCAUUACGUACUUCGUAUGGACCGAUUUGAACGAGCUCUAUGA